AUGAGGAUUGCCAGCCGAAUCGCAUUGAUUCCUGAUAGUAAUGAUGCAGAAGAAGAUUGGAAAUUGCAAUCAUCGUCAUGCGCAGUGGAUAAGUUUGAUUUCAGAGAACUCUUCACAUUCGGUACUCACGGUGGAAACCAACCUAGUCGAGAUCACAAAACCACAAUCGACAUUGCCGAGGGUGCUUUUGUAAUCCCGGCCGAGACUAACGAAAAAAAUCAAGGAGAACCCCCUUUUGUCGAUGAACUCCUAUCCAAGAAGCUUGAAUUCGAAAUCCCUUUAUGCAAUCGCGUAGUGAGUCCACGCUUUGCGUAUGAGGACCUUUGCCGAGCUGCGGAAGGAGUCAAAAAGCUCAAUGCUAUCGAAUCUGCGUCUUUUGUCACCGACGCAGAAACUUUAUCAGCUAUACUUCGUACAGUCCACGACCAACUCAUUCACAGAAACCGCGAAGAUGACGAUAUCGAAGGAAUGUGCUUCAACAUUCAUUCAGAGCAUGGAGUUACCUUCAUGAAGACACUCAACAGCUCCCAGCUUCAAGGCCCCUUUCAUUAUGCUGCGAGUAACCAUUUGAGGACGAAUGUAGUUCAAAAAUAUCAUUUAGCAGGACGCGACUUGAGGGGCCUCAAAGAGCUGAAUGAAUUCAAACGUGUCGUUUCGUACCGAUUUGGUGACCAUCCUUUGGUCGUGGAGGAUCCCAACCAGGUUACUCACAAAUUGUGUCUCGGUCUCGGACAAUGGGCAUCCAGGGAUGAAUUCGGGCAGAUUGAGAUGAGCUCAGAAUCAGAUCGGAUCGAAGGUGGCCGAUAUCAGCAUAGUGACUAUCAUCAAGAAGAUAAGGGGCCCAGUCCUGGAUCCUACGAUAUAUUUAAAACUAGGGAUGACGACCAUGAUUCGCCUUUAGUAAGUAGCCGGGAUACCGCGCUCUUUCCACACAUAACGUACAACCAUGAGGACGACGACAUAAUGCGAUCGCAGCUAUGGUUUUCGGGUACCGGAAACGUUUUGGUGGGACUAUUGCGCAAUCCAAAAUUCAGAGAUACCGUCCAGCAUACGGAUGAAUUCAUGCCCUACCUAUGUACCAUGGCUGAAUGGCCUGGGUUUGAUAAGUGGCUUUCGGAUCAUCAAGUUGAGCUCAGUAUGAAACUAGUACAUCGAAUCUUGACGUACAUCAAGGAUACCACGCACGAGCUUAGCCAAAAGGGUAUUAAGAAAUUCUACUUGAAGCACUCGAGAAAGUCGGAUAAGUUCCUCACCGUGUCUUUGGGAAAGGAGCAUGGGCUUCUACCUGAGGACUUGAUGUCUAGUUAUAUAGCCACUGAGCUUGGUAAGCUGGGGAGGGAGAUGUGAAAGACAUCAAUAGGGGUAAAUAAAG